AUGAGCCUCACGUCGACUCACGAUCGAGGCAGCGCCUUCUCCAAGGACGCCAUGUACUUCCGCCGCUCGCUUGAUUACCGUCCAGUCUCGCAGAAGGCUUGUCCAGCCGAACACCAGAGGCUCAACGCAUCUACCGCGCUCGCCAUCGUCAUCGUCCACAAGAACAGUUAUCGUCCUCAGACGAGGCAACGCGUCAAGCGCAUCGUCAAGCUCACUGCAGUCCAGCCCGACGACCUCUAUCUUCCCGAGCCGAUUCAGCCUUGGGUCUGGGUCGGGGGCGAAUCGUAG